AUGAACUCGCUCAACAUUAUCUCCGCCCGAGUGUCCCCCACCUCAAGCCCGGUACCGUCGCGAUCCAACUCCCUCGGCCCACUAGGCUUGGCCUUGACGUCCGAGAACGAUAAGGAACAGAAUGGCGAAAGCACACAUGCCGUCAGCGACUCAGAUACGUUGAUUGCCGAGCCCGACGAAUUCCCCACCCAGAAACCCGGCAACGAGCCCGACGGCGACCUCGACGAGAAGUCGCCGCUGCUCGCCCGCCACGGAGAAUCCAAGGCAUUCGGCGCUCGGUCGUCUCUGUGGCAUCUCAUCCCGAGGCGCACCGCGAGCGCCAUCAUAGACUCGAUCCGCUGGGUCCUCUCCACCCUAGCCGCGCCUGGUGUUUACCUCAUCGCUUGUCUGUACGACGAACAUGGGAACUUUGCGCCGCUCCUACAGCUGAGAAAGGUGUUUGGUGUAUACCAAGAGAGCCGAAACAGCCUGGGUGCAGAUUACGAAGAACCGAUGGCCGAGGACCAGAAGUCAGGGCGCGGGAAGUUUCCAGCCACGAACGUUGGGGAAAGUCAUGGCGCGGCCGCUGGGCGGCGCUCUCGCUCUCCUGGCUCCUCGUCGUCAAGCUUAUCAUCCGAGUCCGAGUCCGACGAGGCCAGGAAUGCGGAGGGCGGAAAUCGAGCGUUGAGCAAGCACUCGCGUUCAAAGUCGCUCCACGACACCGAAGAGGUAUCCUCCGGGCAGCGAUCAAUCCGAAUAAAACUAAACUCGGACCACUCGCUACGGCAGAGGAAGCAUAGGAAGACACAGUCUGCGAGUCCGCGCGGAAGCGGGGGUCCAGGUUCCACGACCAGCGAUAUCUCAGCGCACCUCAAAUCUCCCACCUCUCCCGUAGGGGCUCUGACGAGAUACCCCAAGACCCCAGCGCCCCCGAGGCCUCUAAUACCACGCCGGCAGCCGUCGUACCUCAACUUGGAGCCGGUGGAUCGGAAAUACCAGAAGACACUAAUUUUGGAUCUAGACGAGACCCUAAUACACAGCAUGUCAAAAGGCGGCAGGAUGAGUAGCGGGCAUAUGGUGGAGGUCCGACUGAAUACAACCUAUGUCGGUGUCGGUGGCCAGGCAAGCAUCGGGCCCCAGCACCCGAUCCUGUAUUACGUGCACAAGCGACCUCACUGUGACGAUUUCCUACGAAGGGUGUGCAAGUGGUAUAACCUAGUCAUAUUCACGGCUUCGGUCCAGGAAUACGCAGAUCCCGUCAUCGACUGGCUAGAGUCGGAGCGCAAGUUCUUCUCGGCGAGAUACUACCGUCAACACUGCACCUUUAGACACGGGGCCUUCAUCAAAGACCUGAGUUCGGUCGAGCCGGACCUGAGCAAGGUUUUGAUCCUGGAUAACAGCCCGCUAAGCUAUAUGUUCCACCAGGAUAACGCCCUCCCAAUCCAAGGAUGGCUUAACGACCCUACCGAUAAUGAUUUAUUACACAUCGUUCCGCUUCUAGAGGGUCUCCAGUACGUCUCGGAUGUUCGGGCCCUCCUGGCUCUACGAGGCGGCGAGGAUGGGCAGCAUAUGGCAUGA